UCGAAAUUAAAAUCCCGCUGUCGCCGUAUGCGCAUCAGUCAGAGUAAAGCAGUGAAAGCAAAACAAGCUGUAAACGGUCGUUUGAGCACCCUCGUAUGAAAAGUGUAACUGCCACGGAUAAAAUCACAGCGCGGUGUUUUGUAUUUUUGAAAAUUUUCAAUGUUUUCUUUCCUGUCGGAACAUGUCUUGCAUCUUCUGAUGUUAGAGUAAAACUUUAAAUUCGGUAAUAAAAACUAAAUCAUAGGAAGCGGUGCUGUGGCCUAAAAAAGUGAACGGAUUUUAUGUUGUGCAUUGAAUCAAAAAGAUACUGAUUAUGGAUCACAAAAACAUUCGAGUGGCGGUUCGUGUUCGUCCUUUCAACCGCAGAGAAUUGGAACAAAACCAGCGAAACAUCAUUAAGGUUCUGGAUCGCACCACGCUGAUGUUCGAUCCGGACGAGGACGAAGACGAAUUCUUUUUCCAUGGAAUGAAGCAAACGCACCGGGACAUUACUAAACGAAUCAAAAAGAAACUCGCCAUGGAAUACGACGAUGUAUUUGAUGCGGAAUCUACGAACACGGACAUCUUCGAGAACUGCACUAAACCGCUAGUACAGUCCGUGAUGGAUGGAUAUAACUGUUCUGUUUUUGUUUACGGCGCGACUGGAGCCGGCAAGACCUUUACCAUGCUUGGGAGCGAAGACUGUCCAGGUAUAACGUUCCUUACCAUGAAGGAUCUGUUCCAUCAGAUUGAUGAGCUGAGCAGUGUGCGUAAAUUUGACAUUGGAAUUUCAUAUCUGGAAGUGUACAACGAGUUGGUUAUGAAUUUACUGACGAAAUCGGGACCGCUGAAACUAAGAGAAGAUAGCAGUGGUGUGGUGGUCAGUGGAUUGGUGUUGAAACAGAUUCACAAUGCGGAAGAACUACUGAACUUAUUAGCUCUGGGCAAUCAAAACCGAACGCAGCAUCCGACCGAUGCGAAUGCCGAAAGUAGUCGCAGUCACGCAAUUUUUCAGGUACACAUUCGAAUGGUUGAUAAAGCCACUGGACAGAAGAAAACGGUCAAACUGUCUAUGAUUGAUCUGGCUGGAAGUGAACGAGCCGCCAGUACUAGAGGAAUCGGAAUAAGAUUCAAAGAAGGUGCCAAUAUUAAUAAAAGUCUCCUUGCUUUAGGAAACUGCAUCAACAAACUAGCGGACGGUUUGAAACACAUUCCCUACCGAGACUCAAAUUUGACCCGUAUCCUUAAAGACAGCCUCGGGGGAAAUUGCCAAACAUUGAUGAUUGCCAAUGUUUCACCUUCCUCACUUACCUAUGAUGAUACGUACAACACGCUGAAAUACGCUUCAAGAGCUAAGAAGAUCCGAACUACCCUGAAACAGAACAUUGUACAGUCCAACGUGCCGAAAGAGUAUCUCGUUAAAAAAGUCAACGAACAAGCAACUGAGAUUGAUCGUUUGAAAGCCAAACUCAAGGAGCUUGAGGAAUAUAAGGCAGCAGCUGCCGUGAAAUUACUUGCUCCGCCUCCUGCCGAUCCUGUCAUGCCAAAUGAAACGUUGCUCAACACUUGGCGAUCGCGAAUAGACAAUUGUUUUUCGACUGUUAAAAAAGCACAAGAACACUAUUUCAAUUUGCAAAGCAAGGAGAAGAUAUUGAAUUUGCGAUCCAAGUUAAAAGAGCAAGCGGAAUCAAUAAAAAAGAUUAUCACGCUGGACGGAAGGCAUUUGAAUGGGGAUAUCGCUCGAUUGGAGGCUUCAAUCGAUCGCUAUGGCAAGCAGGUGGCUCGGCAAAAAGAUGAGUUAAAUCGAUGGGCUAAGCGAUACAAGGAAGCCCUCAAAAACUUGGAAACGUUGCGCAUUGAUGUGCGAACGUCAGAUAUUGCCAACAUUCUGCAAUAUCAUGUUAAGGCAAAAGAACACGAGCUCGAUGCGGCAAAGUCUUACCUAAAAAAGAGCCACGUUAUGAAAAUCAAUCUUAUUUAUAUUGACGAGAACAGGCAGUGGGAGAAGAUUACACGACUGAGUGGAGAUAUAAUUCAACAGAAUUAUUUACUGUUAAGAAGCAUGGACCGGUUGGACCAUGUUUCACUAGAAAAAAUGGAAAGACUUGCGCGGUUGGACCAUUGUCAGCGAGGCGUAAAAUUCAGUGAUGAUGAUGAUCAAGGUGAAUUGUUGAAGGAAGCUAACAUCACGGAUACAAGCAUUGAUGAUAUAACAAACCUUUCCGACUACGCUGACGGAGUCGAUCUCUCUGAAGACGCCGAUCUGGGAGUUAAGCGAUUGAAGACAGACGAGGAAGUAGAUGAUGAAGUAGUACCCAAAAACUUUAAAAAUGAGAUGAACUCAGUGGAAUUCAAAAAACCUAGAUCUAUUCGACCCCUGAAUUUCAAAACGCAAAGUUUGAGUGUGAAAACUACUGUAACGCGAAAAACUCCUACUAAGGCGCAGAAAACUACCACGAUAACUCAAUUCAAGGUCCCAAAGCUAGUCCUAAGUGGCACACACAAGCCAUCCAGUGCAAAGAAACGACCUAAAUUAUCUAACUCUUCUACCUCGUCGAACGAUGCUAGUGAUUGCUCUGACGGUCCCGACGAAAAUUGUGGAAAUGGGAACAGUACCUUCUGCAUUGAUUCUUCGAAGAAUUCUGCCAGUUCAUUGUUUUCAAAUGUAUUGGUUGAAAGCAACGUCGACCCUAAAGUGCUUAACAAAGUACUCCGCCGGGCGUCUACGAAAGGCAACGUGAUUUCUAAGGUUACUUUAACUCUCAACAAGGAAAAUAGAAAAAUUAGUCCAAAACGGGUAGGCAAAAGCCCGAGACCCUUAGUGAGAACAAACAGUCGAUCCCACACCACAGCAGCCAGUGUGAUCAAUCGCUACAGGAUGAUGAAAAGCGGAGCCACUGCAAGCACAUCUUCUGCGGGAAAGUUGCUGAACAACUACGCACCUUCGAGUGCAACGAAACAAACCUACGAUAGUGAUGGCGAACGGAAAGCUCGAAGCGGAAAAAAAUAAACUGAAAAAUCCUUUCGUUUUAUCAUUUUGUAUAUUUUUUUGCAAAUGUAACUGUAUUUAUGAGGUUAUUUUUGUAUUGUCAGAUGUCAUUGCGUAGGGGUGGAAAUGUUGAUCGUAUUCAUCUUUUUAAACGCCAUUAUAAUAAAGAUUAUUGAUUUUA